AGCCGUUCAAAUUAUUCCGUCGAAAUGGCUGCCGAAUCACCCCAAAUUCCCCCGGCCCUCCGCAAUGUAAAGGUACUACUCUUCGACACCUUUGGCACCGUCGUUGACUGGCGCAAGAAUGUAAAGUCCCGUCUACAAAGCCUAACAGCAGAUGACUGGUCCCGAUUCGCUCAAGAAUGGCGCAAUAGCUACGGCGUCUUCACCCGGUCUUUCGACCCAGAAGUCUCAGAGUGGAAAGACAUCGAUACGCACCAUCACGAGAGUCUUAUAGGGCUCCUGCACAAGUGGAACCUCGCUGGCACAUUCACCGAUGGCGAGGUCAAGUCGCUCAGUCUCGUGUGGCACCGCCUGACGCCGUGGCAUGAUUCGGUGCAGGGAUUAGAGAUGCUGGGCCGCCGGUUUGUGACGUCAACGCUGUCGAAUGGAAAUCAGUCUCUAUUGCAGGACUUAAAUGAACAUGGACAACUCGGUUUUCAGAGGUUAAUCUCCUCGGCCGAUUUCAAGGCGUACAAGCCGAAGCCUGCGGUAUAUCUUGGAGCAGCCGGCGUUCUGGGUUUGAAGCCCGAGGAGUGUGCUAUGGUUGCUGCGCACUUGGAGGAUUUGAAGGCUGCGAGGGAUUGUGGGCUGAAGACUAUCUACGUUGAGAGGCCGUUAGAAGAGGCAUGGCCUAAGGGUGAACAGCUUUACAGCGAAUCUAGGAGUUGGGUGGACUUGUGGGUUACUGAGAAGGAGGAUGGGUUUGUGGAAUUAGCUCGACGACUGGACAUACCCAAGUAGCAAUCCAAGAAAUUCUUCUUCUGUGGGGGGAACCCUGAACUCUCU